AUGACAAGCGCUUCUGCUGCUUCUCCUUUAAUAGAUCUAGACGUAGAUGAUAAAAGGCUGAUGACAGGAAAUCCAAUCAUUAAUGCAUGCCAGGAAGAUGAGAGUCAGGAAACAUACCCUUUUCACUUUUCCAUUUUAAAAGGAAGUUCAGGAGUUUCAAUAAAGAGAGUUGUUCGUAUUCAAGAUCAGACUGAAUCAGGACAACAAAUAAGGAUAGCAAUAUUGAUGAUAAUGCAGGUAUGUAUUGCAAAGAAAGAUCUUUCUGGACAACAAACACCCGCUUCACUAGUUGAACAAUUGGUUCACUACCACCAGGAUGCUCAUGAUGACACAUCAAUAACGAAAGAAUAG